AUGACGGUGAUCCGAGUGUCUCCGUUCCCGCGACGACACACUACGCCGGACGAGAAGUUCACGAAAUCAAGGCGGCACUCCGACGGUCGCGACAAUGCGUCCUUCCUGUACAAAUUCGAGGCGACUCGCUCUCUGCCCGUCGUGGAUCUGCGGCAAACGCUGUCGCUUUGGCUUCAAGGCCCGCAGCUGAACCUCAAGUUCCUCUGGUGGAUGAAGAAACAUUUCGGGAUUCUGCACCUCGGCCAGGUGCUGGGCACGCUGCUUACACUCGUGGUGGUGGCUGCACCUCGCAACGUUGGGCUAGUAUUGGGGCCAAUUUCUGUGGUGAUGUCGUUGACGUCCAUCGUAAGCACAAUCGGCACCGCCAGCAUCGACGUGCUGCGGCUGCUGACCCAACACUACGAGUUCUGGUUCUUCUCGGUGGCGAAUCUCGUCACAUGGUCGCUGCUCGCCUUCUUCUUGGCGGAUCCGCUUCGUAUCGUCAGCCUCGUUCCGCUCCGGCUCAUCCUGCAGCUCACGGUGUCCAUGGACGCCAACUUUCGCACCUUCGUAGUGGCUGUACGCAGCAACAUUUUGGUGCUGGUCGUGCUCAUGAUCAUCGCGGCGCUGGUGUUUUUGAUGAACGCACUAGCCACGCUCAUCCCAUUCGUCAUGCGGGUGCUCUACACGAAGCGCAAGUUGUUCGGUGCACGCAGCGCUGGGUCGAAACUGGUGCGUUGUCAACUGUACCGAGCCCAACUUGUGCUGCGUCCUGUGCGGUACUCACGUACUGCCAGUCUGGGCGUCGAGACCAAUCGUAGGAGCUACGUCUUGCAUAAGCAACUGGGCAUCACGGCACCGGAGAUGUCGAUCACCAGCGGCAACGACACGGCGCGGCAUCACCAGCAAAUUACGCUCGUGGCACUGCGACUCAGCGCUAUCGAUACGCGCAACACGCUGCUGCUGUCGUGGCCAGUGCAGACUUCAGGCCGGCUGAGUACUAUCAAGCUCUUGGGAAUCUACGCGACUGGGUCAGCAGGUUUAGCGCUUCCCGUGGUGACACUAGGACUUCCACCAAGCGGAGCUCAAUCAUCAGCCCAAUACGUCAUCCCAGUAGUGGGUUUCACGCUCACGAUGGCCUUCUGCAGCGUGUUCGCCUGCGCGAGCCAACGCGAUAUGCUACGCGCGCUGCUGUUCCACAACUUCGGGUUCAUCUUCUCGAUGAUGCACUGCUCGGUUGCUUGUCUGUGCGUGGCCGACAUGAUGAGCUGGGACAAUCGAUGCUGGGCGGUGGGUAGCGCCUUUGUCUGGUUCGUGUGGGUCCAGCUACUGGACGCCGUCACUCCUCCGGUGAGGCGACAGCUCUUGUUCUCCAAGGUGCAGGUGGUUCUGGUGCUGUGGUUGCUGUGGGCCUUGAUGUUCGCGGUGGCGUACGCCAGCGUCUUCAUCCCGAUGGAGCGUAGCGGACUGCACGAACGAGACCUGGUUCAUUUCCACGUGGGGCAAAACGUCACGGUGCUCAACACCAAGAGCAUUCUGCUCAAUCGCCUCAUCAUCAUGUUCUUCUGGAUGCAGCGUCACGCGUGGAACGUCUUCACGGGGGCUUUCACACGCUGCUGGAGGUUCCUGCGGCCGCCAAAACCUUCAGAAAUCCCAGAGGAAGAGGCCACAGAUCCAGAUGAAGAGGAGUUGAGCACCAUGCGAGGCUCGCUCGAGUAUUUCUGCCCGUUCGAGACCUUCCCCGGCGUCAGACGCAUAUUCAGCAGUCUGCGGAGGUCGUCCACUAGUGGGCGCAGCACUCGUAGGGUCUCUAUAACAGGGCGGCAUCGAGUUCGACGUCUCAGCUCCGCGAUCUUGCUGUCUGGUGUGGUGGGUCCGAGCGUGAAACAGCAGCAGAAACCUAGACGAGGUGCGUUCGGACAGCGCUCGUGCGAUUCACAGGGUGAGAACGAUCACCAAACGAACCCUAAGACAAGAUCAUGGACGAACAGCGCUCCUGGCAUGGUUCGCGACGAGUGA